CCGCUGUAGGCAUCCGUUUCUACCUUCUACCUCAAAGUUAAUUCUCUUCCUGUAAAAGCAACGUCGCAGACACCAACUAUAACUGCCUGAAGAGACCCGAUCCGAUCCCCUUCACAUCCUCAAAGGACCGAUCGAUCUUCUUUCCAAGGUGGGUUUGACUGUCUCAGGGAAAAAUAAAACAUGAGUGAGGUAUUCGAAGGGUACGAGCGCCAGUACUGCGAGCUCUCUGCUAAUCUCUCUCGAAAAUGUAGCUCGGCUGGUCUUCUUCCUCCUGGUGAGCAGAAGCAGCAGAAGGUUUCUGAGAUUAAGGCUUCAUUGGAUGAUGCUGAUGUUUUGAUUCGAAAAAUGGACCUUGAGGCUAGAAGUCUACAACCAAGUGCAAAGGCUGCAUUGCUUGCUAAGUUAAGGGAAUAUAAGUCUGAUCUAAAUAAGUUGAAAAGGGAAUUUAAAAGAAUAGCAUCUUCUAAUGCUGAUCAGGCCUCCCGUGAAGAUUUGUUGGAAUCUGGAAUGGCAGGUGCGCAUAUGGCUUCUGCUGAUCAAAGAGAAAGGAUGGCAAUGUCUGUUGAGAGAUUGAAUCAGUCAAGUGACAAGAUUAUGGAGAGUAGAAGAACCAUGCUGGAGACUGAAGAGAUUGGUGCUUCAAUCCUCCAAGAUUUGCACCAACAGCGUGAGACUCUCCUACAUUCCCAUCAAAAGCUUCAUGGGGUAGAUGAUGCCAUCGACAAGAGUAAAAAAGUUCUAACUGCCAUGUCGCGCAGGAUGACCAAGAACAAAUGGAUCAUUUUCUCAAUAAUUGGAGCUCUUGUUGUCUCUAUCAUCUUUAUUCUAUUCUAUAAGUUUUCACAUCAUUGACUUAUACAUUGUUUGGGGUACAGAUGAUAUUCUCCAUCACUUCGUGUGCUUGUUUGUAUAUAUUAAUUAAACAUGUCCGAUUUGUACUAACGAUCUAAUUCAAUUAUAUCAUAGUUGGCGUGCUUUUACCCUUUUCUUAGCAUUUUGUAGAUGGUGCAUUAGCAUCAAAUAAGUGCCCCAUGUUCAACAGGUGGCAUGUCUUUGAUGUACUUCAAAUCUACAACAUGCUUGAGAGUUGUGGAAUCAAGCACUGAUGGUAGGUGCCUCAGUCUUAUGUAGGCAUCCAUUUACAGAACAAGUGAAGAAAACAUUUGUACUCUUCCCAAUUUGAUGUUUGAUGUGGUUAAGAAUUCUGGAUCUUCAAAGUUAAUUAACAGGUUGUUUCUACCAA